GAUCAAUCAACAAAACAACAUCAUUUGCAAACUGCUCUUAAAUUGUUGUACACGAAUUUAACGAAAUGGAUGUUGCUGAAGCACAAAUUGGUCAACUACGCGUUAAGGACGAGGUGGGCAUACGCACGCAGAAGCUCUUCCAAGACUUUCUUGAAGAAUUUAAGGAGGAUGGCGAAAUUAAGUAUACACGACCUGCUGCCAAUCUGGAGUCGCCCGAUCGCUGCACGCUGGAAGUGAGCUUCGAAGAUGUCGAGAAAUACGAUCAGAAUCUGGCAACAGCUAUCAUUGAGGAAUAUUACCAUGUGUAUCCAUUUCUCUGCCAAUCUGUUUCCAACUACGUGAAGGAUCGCAUAGGUCUAAAGACAAACAAAGACUGCUAUGUGGCCUUCACGGAAGUGCCCACGCGGCACAAGGUGCGCGAUUUGACUACCUCAAAGAUUGGCACACUCAUACGCAUCUCUGGCCAAGUGGUGCGCACCCAUCCCGUACACCCAGAGCUUGUCUCGGGCACGUUCAUGUGCUUGGACUGCCAGACAGAGAUUCGCAACGUAGAGCAGCAGUUCAAGUUUACCAAUCCAACAAUUUGCCGCAAUCCUGUCUGCUCCAACCGCCGACGCUUUAUGCUGGACGUGGAGAAGUCUCUCUUCCUCGACUUUCAGAAAAUCCGCAUACAGGAGACUCAAGCAGAGCUGCCGCGCGGGUGCAUUCCGCGAGCCGUAGAGAUAAUAUUACGUUCCGAAUUGGUGGAAACAGUGCAGGCGGGUGAUCGCUAUGACUUCACUGGCACACUAAUCGUUGUGCCCGACGUCAGCGUGCUGGCCACACCCGGUACCAAGGCCGAUAUGGGCUCACGUCACAAGCCAGGCGAAGGCGCUGAGGGCGUAACUGGCCUCAAGGCCCUGGGCGUGCGUGAACUUAACUAUCGCAUGGCAUUCCUGGCCUGCAGUGUGCAGGCAACUACAGCGCGGUUUGGUGGCACUGAUCUUCCCAUGUCCGAGGUGACUGCAGAGGAUAUGAAGAAACAGAUGACCGAUGCUGAGUGGCACAAAAUCUAUGAAAUGUCCAAGGAUCGCAAUCUUUACCAGAAUCUUAUCACCAGUCUCUUUCCCUCAAUUUAUGGCAACGACGAAGUAAAGCGUGGCAUACUGCUUCAACUGUUUGGUGGCGUGGCGAAGACUACGAUGGAGAAGACUUCACUGCGUGGCGAUGUCAAUGUAUGUAUUGUGGGCGAUCCCAGUACAGCAAAGUCGCAGUUCCUCAAGCAGGUCUCGGACUUCUCGCCGCGUGCCAUUUACACCUCUGGCAAGGCUUCCUCAGCCGCUGGUCUUACAGCUGCCGUGGUACGCGACGAGGAGAGUUUUGAUUUUGUCAUUGAGGCGGGCGCUCUCAUGCUGGCGGACAAUGGCAUCUGUUGCAUUGAUGAGUUUGACAAGAUGGAUUUGCGCGAUCAGGUAGCCAUACACGAGGCCAUGGAGCAGCAGACCAUAUCGAUAGCACGUGCUGGCGUGCGGGCCACACUUAACGCACGCACCUCCAUCUUGGCGGCUGCAAAUCCCAUCAACGGUCGCUACGAUCGCUCCAAGAGCCUGCAGCAGAACAUACAGCUGUCGGCGCCCAUUAUGUCACGCUUUGAUUUGUUCUUCAUCCUAGUGGACGAAUGCAAUGAGGUUGUGGACUACGCCAUUGCACGCAAGAUUGUUGAUCUGCACUCAAACAUCGAGGAGUCUGUGGAGCGUGCGUAUACGCGGGAGGAGGUGCUACGCUAUGUGACCUUUGCGCGCCAAUUCAAGCCUGUUAUUAGCCCAGAGGCGGCCAAAAUGCUGGUGGAGAACUAUGGACAUCUGCGGCAGCGUGAUACUGGCUCCGCUGGUCGCAGCACGUGGCGCAUCACUGUGCGUCAGUUAGAGUCCAUGAUACGUCUGAGCGAGGGCAUGGCCAAGCUAGAGUGCUCAAAUCGUGUACUAGAGCGCCAUGUCAAGGAGGCAUUCCGUCUGCUGAAUAAGUCCAUUAUACGCGUGGAGCAGCCCGAUAUUCAUCUGGAUGAUGAUGAGAUGGACGCUGAUGAUGGCAUUGAGCAUGACAUUGACAUGGAAAACAAUGGCGCUGCCGCCAACGUGGAUGCUGAUGCUGGUCUGGACACAUCUGCUGGUGGCCUGCAAAAGAAGAAGUUCACCUUGUCGUUUGAGGAUUAUAAGAAUCUAUCCACCAUGCUGGUGCUGCACAUGCGCGGCGAAGAGGCACGCUGUGAGGUAGAGGGCAGCGAUACGGGCAUGAAGCGCAGCGAUGUGGUUACCUGGUAUCUGGAGCAGGUUGCUGAACAAAUUGAGUCCGAGGAUGAGCUCAUAUCACGCAAGAACCUCAUCGAAAAGCUUAUUGAUCGCUUGAUCUAUCACGAUCAGGUAAUCAUACCGCUCAAGACCUCCAAUCUCAAGGCGUAUGUAAAGACUUCCACAGCUGAAGAUGAACUUGAAAAUGAUCCGCUCUUGGUGGUGCAUCCCAACUACAUUGUAGAGUAAUUUGCCACAGACACAACGAUCCACAUUAUAAUCAUCAUUUUAUUUCCAUCUCAUUCGUUAUAAGUUAAGUUUGUAUUUCCGCUUAUUAUUUUUUUUAUAUACCUCUUCUAAUCCAUAAAUAGCUUACUUUAAUUUAAGCUAAACUUAAGGUUUUUAACAAAAAUUCCAAAUAUGGGAAUUAAUGCAUUUCAGCUAAUUUUAUACAAAUUAUUCAAUGUUACAAA